UUGGUCUUAUCAACGUGAUCCUCCCUCCCUCCCAACUCUAUUUGGCAGUCCCCUCCGGUCUCCCGUCUUCAUUUCUCCUCACCGUUGCCUCGUUCGUUGCCAUCCCUAGUCAUCUUGUUGUUUUUAUUUCCUCCUUCGUUGUUGUCUCUGCAGCAGCAUUCAAGAUGGUUCAGCGUCUUACAUACCGCAAGCGCCAUAGCUAUGCUACCAAGUCUAACCAGCACCGUGUUGUCAAAACCCCUGGUGGGAAGCUUGUGUAUCAGACUACCAAGAAAAGAGCUAGCGGACCCAAAUGUCCGGUUACCGGCAAAAGGAUUCAGGGGAUUCCUCACUUGAGGCCAGCUGAAUAUAAGAGGUCUAGACUGGCUAGGAACCGUAGGACCGUGAAUCGUGCAUACGGUGGUGUUUUAUCUGGUGGUGCUGUGAGGGAGAGGAUCAUCCGGGCCUUUUUGGUGGAAGAGCAGAAGAUUGUCAAGAAGGUAUUGAAGAUUCAGAAGGCUAAGGAAAAGCUGGCAUCAAAGAGCUAAAUUAAUUAUGUUUAAAUUUUGACUUUUUUGUGGCGUGAUGCUGAAUUUUAGCAAUUACUACUUAAAGUUUGUUUGUGGAAGAACGAAAUUUUAGGCCAGGAGUUCACUUCUAUGAUAUGAUGGCAUUUCUUCAACCAAUUUCUUUUA